GCAGAGAGGUGGGAGGGGAGGGGCUCCGCGGGCUGCUGCGGGCAGGACUCAGCCGGGACGCAGGCGGCCGGCCGCGGUUGCUGGGAUCAGGGAGCUGCGUUCCGGUCUGGCCAUGGCAACGGCGCCCCUGAAAGUGUGCAUCGUGGGAUCGGGGAACUGGGGUUCAGCUAUUGCAAAAAUAAUUGGUAAUAAUGUCAAGAAACUUCAGAAGUUUGCCUCCACUGUCAAGAUGUGGGUCUUUGAAGAAACAGUUAAUGGGAGAAAAUUGACAGACAUCAUAAACAAUGACCAUGAAAAUGUAAAAUAUCUCCCUGGACACAAGCUGCCAGAAAAUGUGGUUGCCAUCUCAGACAUCAGAGAGGCCGUGCAGGAUGCAGACCUGCUGGUGUUCGUCGUUCCCCACCAGUUCAUUCACAGAAUCUGUGAGGAGAUCACCGGCAGGGUACCCAAGGAGGCGCUGGGAAUCACCCUCAUCAAGGGCAUAGACCAGGGCCCUGAGGGGCUGAAGCUCAUUUCCGACAUCAUCCGAGAGAAGAUGGGCAUUGACAUCAGUGUGCUGAUGGGAGCCAACAUUGCCAACGAGGUGGCUGCUGGGAAGUUCUGCGAGACCACCAUUGGCAGCAAAGUGAAGGAGAAUGGCCUUCUCUUCAAGGAACUGCUGCAGACUCCAAAUUUCCGAAUUACUGUGGUUGAUGAUGUGGACGCCGUUGAACUUUGCGGUGCUCUUAAGAACAUUGUAGGGGUGGGAGCCGGCUUCUGUGAUGGCCUCUGCAGCGGAGACAACACCAAGGCUGCUGUCAUCCGCCUGGGGCUCAUGGAGAUGAUCGCCUUCGCCAGGAUCUUCUGCAAGGGCAAGGUGUCCACAGCCACCUUCCUGGAGAGCUGCGGCGUGGCCGACCUGAUCACCACCUGCUACGGGGGCCGCAACCGCAGGGUGGCCGAGGCGUUUGCCAGGACGGGAAAGACCAUUGAAGAAUUGGAGAAGGAGAUGCUGAAUGGGCAGAAGCUCCAAGGGCCUCAGACUUCUGCUGAAGUCUACCGCAUCCUCAAACAGAAGGAGCUGGUCCACAGGUUUCCAUUGUUUACUGCAGUGUAUCAGAUCUGCUAUGAGGGGAAACCCGUUCAAGAGAUGCUGUCUUGUCUCCAGAGCCAUCCAGAGCAUAAUGUAAAAUGAAUCAUGCAACAUCUUGGAGAAAGUUCUGCCUAUUCCGAUCAGUGUUUUGGGUUCAGGUGGAAACCGGGACUUGGCAACAAGAUGUUUGCUUCACUAUAAUCCCAUCAUGGAUGUGUAUGAAUUUUUACAGGCUCAUUUUUGAAUUUCAGGAAGAAGGUCAUUAGCUAAGAUGUACUGGGCAACAACUAGACACAUAGGUGAAUGUUUAAGUGUGUGUCAUUUCUCAUUCUGUGGAUGUUUCUAUGAACCAAAAUUUAAAGGUCCUUUUUAAGGGUUAUUUUUGAAAGUUUCCCACUGUAAUAGCUCAUAAGAUUGGAAUUUUGUCAGCAAAAAUUUUUACAUCUAAUUCAUAUGUAUUUGAUUUUUUUUUCUCAUUCUCUUGAUGUUAAAAUUUAACCAGCUAAUAUUAACCAUGGUAGAGUGGGGGAGCCAGCCUGUUCAAAGAUCAACAUACUGUAACUUUUAAACACUAUCUCAAAGCCAGCACAAUUAAUUACUUCAACUGUGGGUUGAUCUUUUUGUAACAAUUAGAUCUUUUUAAUUAGGUAAUCCACUUGGGUAUCUUCCCCUAGCUGCAGUUUUCUGCAUUUUUAGCCUCUUUUCUCCACAUUAGCUGCCAGAAUGUGCUGUCAUAAAGGCUCAGCAGUGGCAGAAGGUAGAAAACUCAUCUGGGAUUUUCCUGCUGUGACCGACACAUUUUUCUGAUUAAUGACACUUGUGUCAUGCUUUUUGUUAGGCAGUCCUUUUGUGCAAACAUUUCCUGUAAGCCUCACAGAUCCCCUGAGAGGGCACUUGCUAGUAUUCCUUUUUUAAGAUGCAGUCGUGCCUGGUCACCUGGCAGGUAGGGGCCAAGCCACGAGUUCAGUCCAGUGUUCCCCACCCUACCAGGGUGCCCGGAACUUCUCAGGCGUCACUGGGCUGAUUUGACCUGCAUCUGAUUGGUUGUGGCAAAUGCCACGUGCAGCCUCUCCUGGGGCUUAGGAGCUUCCUGCCACUGAGGUUUGUGUGGGUCAUUGGAUGGAUGCACUGAAAGUGUGGUCUUUGCUCCAUCAGCCUCGCCUGGAGUCUCUUAAAAAUGCAGUUUCCCAGGUGCCACCCCGGCCCUCUAAAGGGGUGUGUGGUCUCUAUGCUUUAACAUUCUGUCCACAUGUUUCUGAUGCUCACUACACUUCAAGAACCACUACGUUAGAAAAUCUACUUGACUGGCAUUCCUCAAACCAUGUUCCAUAGGAAAUGAGUGUCCUCGGAUCCAGGGGGUGUACUGGAGUGUUCCCUGGCAAAGUCAAAUGAGUUUGGGAAAAGCUAUGUCUGUACAUCCCUCUUGAAGGUAGAAUGUAUGUUGAUAGGUCAGUAGAACAUGUUUAUUUAACCCAGCAAGUCCCAAACACAUUAGAUUAUGGAGGUUUUUUUGGCAAAAAGAUUUGCCAGAGUUUCUGGGGAAUGCUGGUCUAGGCUGACGUGACCUUAGGACAGUUCAAGUAUACCCUUCAUUCACUGCAGGAGAUUAGGAUGAAUAACUGACUACCCUGUGGUAUUUGUUAGUUCUGAGCUUUUACAGUUCAGGUUUGCCGCGAAUCUGAUGAAGCUUUAAGGUGAUAACUAUCAACUACAACCAAGCAGACAUCAGCCUUGCUGAAACGCACAUUAUGUUGAAUAAGUGCUUUUAAUUCUAGAAUUAGAAUGGAAAUUACUGUAUCUUAAGUGAAAUUGGUUUCAGGAUAGCAUUACAGUUAUCUUACGUAGCACUUGAUAAGUGUUAACAGAAUAUAAGAAUGUCACCUAUAUAUUCAUGGAUUCUCCACCACUUUGUGAGAGUCUGAUCUUUUUUAUUUUCCAGUUUGGGACUGUUUUCCUUCUGUACCUGAAACAAUUGUAGAAUAGAUUUUUGUGAGAAUUUAAAAAACUCUGUCUAAAACAUUUUGGGGAGCAUUUUAAGUCCCCACACCCAGAAGUAUAUGAAAGCCCACAAAAUGCUUUAAGUUUCAUUGAUUUUACUGCCACUGUUAAGUUAAUCGAUUUUUGCUUGCCUUACGAUUGAUUCAUCUUUUUAAAUGUUUGUACAUAGGUAACGGAGUGUUCCUUUUUAAGAUACAGAAAGAGCUGUAAGCCCAUUGUGGUUGUCUCUUAGGUAGGAUAAUUAGAUGUGAGGAACGAGGAUCUUGUCUCUGUGUAUUCUCAUCUGUGUUCAGCUUCUUACUCUGGGUUUUGUACUUGAGUUUUUUUCUUUACAAGUGCUCGCUUACCACUCCGAAGUUGGCUGAUUGUAUCUUGAACAUGCUUAUAAUAUUCUGCACAUUGUGGAAAAAGGCAAAUUUUAUAAGUUUGUGCUCUGCAAACUGUAGAUAUUUAUUACUCUACAAGUUAAUCUAUUUUUGUAACCACCUUUUAUUUUAAUUCAUAUUUCCUACUAGUUAGGGUAGUAGAGAGGGAGACAUCUAGAUGAGAAGCUCAAUUUAUACUAUUUCAGCCCAUCUUUGAAUGUAAGAAGUAUGCUGUUGCCUUGCUAUCACCCAACCUACUGUAGUAGGGAAGAGAUAUCCAUCUUGAAAUUCCUCUGCUAAACUACAUCGGGUUUUUUAUUUAACUCUUAAUUAUCACAUGGCCCCAGAGCAUCAGCCCAAGGAGUAGUGAGGUACCUGUGUACCAAGGGAUAUUUAGUUUUUCCACUGCUUCUAAUCUAAGAGCUCUUCCUUACUUGUGUACUGCACUUGGUCACAGAUUGUAGGUGGAUAUAAUUUAAAAGCUUGUUUUAAUAAACAUUUAACCCCC